AUGGACUUUAUCGAAUACCAUGUCGAGAAUGCCAGACAGUUUUGGGCCGAACUUGAAGAUAUCCUUCAUAUCCCCUCGACUGCCUCGCUCAAUCGCAUCGACUCUGCGUUGCGCACAUUUAUCACCUUUUGUUCCAGCUACCAUGAAAAAUACCUCUCAACAAACGAACAGCUGGACCAUGCAAUCUCGCUCCUCCUCGACUCGGACAUAUUCGCCUUUCACUCGGAUCGGUCCACUGAACAUCUAACCUCGGCCGCACAAAAGGAGACAAAUCCUCAUGCACUCCUCGUUCUUUAUUCCAUAUUCCUCCACUAUGGGCGAAGAAAUCCCGCAUUUUUCGGAGCCAGUGCUUCCAUCCCUUCGCAGGCCGGUUCGACAACCCGAGUAGGCGUCGGCCUCGAUGCGUUGACGCCCAUGGUUCCUCAGGGCAAGCGCUCGGCGGGACAUAAACGGUGGCAGGGCCUUGUUCCCUUGCUCAUGGAUCAUGUGAGGUGGACCGUUGAUGAUGAUGGCUAUGGUUCUGCGCUUGGUGUUCCCAUCGAAGCGAGAUUACGGCUCGUCUGUGUUCGCUUGUUGUACGAGGUUUGUCGUGUCCAGAAGCUAGAUAUCAAUGAUCUCAAGGUAUUCGACGAUAGCUUUAUCGAACAUUUGUUCGAAACCAUCGAGGACACAUCCGUAUCCAGCGACGAAACCCUCAACUAUUACCUCAUCAAACUCAUUGUCGCACUGAACGAACAAUUCAUGGUCGCUUCCUUGGUCCCUCACAAAUCCUCCAAAGCCUCAUCCGAGUCUGGCAAAUCCCCACAAUCCGCGACGUUUGCACAAGCGCAUCAGAAGGUGCCUUCGGUGGACCGUCAGCCCAAUCGGGUCUUGGAGAUUUUAAUGCGACGAUUGUAUUCCAGUCAGACAUUCGGCGCAAACAUCAUCUUCAUGUUGAAUCGUGCCGAGAAUACACCCGAAGAUCUCUGCAUGCAGCUCUUGCUCCUCAAAAUGCUGUAUCUUCUCUUUACAACUCCCGGAACACAUGAAUACUUUUACACCAACGACUUGCGAGUCUUGGUCGACGUCUUUAUCCGAGAGUUGGGGAACUUGCCGGAAGAAAGCGAGUCUCUCCGGCACACAUAUCUCCGCGUCCUACACCCACUCGUAACCAACACCCAACUGAAAACCACCCCAUACAAACGCGCCGAACUUCGACAAACUCUCCUCUCUCUCAUCUCUCAUGCACACAUCCGAGACGUCAAUGCCACAACACGGCGACUCGUCGAGCGAUGCCUUGGGGCCGAAUGGUGUCGCGCCCUUGGGCCCAUCGACCUUCCUCCUCCCCCCACACGAAAAGCAGCUCUGGAUGUCCCGGGUCGAAAGGGAUCCCUGGACGCCUAUGCGAACAGCGGCAAGAGUCUAUCCGCCAAAACAUCCACCAUCGACCUGCUAGGCGCACAACUGGAACCCGUAUACAGAAGCGCAAGUGCCGAGCCCGUACUGCGCAGCCUAGACAGACUAAAGAUUGGCGAAAAACAACAGCACGCAAACGGGAGCACGACUAGCCUAACAGAUGUAGCCGUGGCAGAUGCGCCUCCUCCUUUACCGGGGGUGCGAUCGGGCGUGACCGAGGGGAAGAAUGGGAGAAUCGCGCCUGCGCCUCCGGCUCGACGGGUCCCCCCGCUCAAACAGUUCACCGACCCUCCGUCCUCGCCGACUCCGCCUUUAUCACCUUCCAAAUCGAGCACGUACAGCUCGGCGAGCGAGCCUGCUUCGUAUCGUCAUCAUGGCGCCGAGCAGAUGCAUGUCAUUGGGCACAGUCGGGACGGGGGCGCUGUGGGAUCGGGAAUAGGCACGAACGGAUCUUCAGGGUCGGGGAUCACCGGGUCUUUGGGAGUCGCAGUGUCCGUGGUAGGAGCGGGAACGGGGGCGGGGACAGGAGAAAGGAGAAAGCCUCCUGCUCCACCCACACGGCGAAAGCCCCCUGCUGUGCCCGUUCGUGUGCAAAAAGUCGAGGUUGGACCUGGGGGAUCGACGAUCACUACCAUUGCGAGUUCGGGCAAGGCCUAA